AUCGAGCGACAAGCCCCUAGGGACUGCACCACAUCCGCCGCCACCGGGGUUGGGAGCGACCGGGCUGAUCGGUGCACGGCGGCAAUGGGCGGCGGGCGCAAGCGCGGCCGGACGCAGCGGCGGCACUUCAAGCAGAGCCGGGAGAACGUAUGGAAGCACGAGACCAAGCAGAGCCGGUCCGAUGACCCCUCGGCCGAGGGCGAGUCCAACCCCACCUGGCAGCCUUUCGCCACCCAGAACCCCGGAUUCGAGGAGUACUACAAGGAGCAAGGUAUUGUACCGGAGGAUGAGUGGGAAGAAUUCAUUUGUGUCCUCCGGAAGCCACUACCAGCUGCAUUUAGAAUAAAUCUGAGUGGCCAGUUCUGUAAGGAUAUCAUGCUGCAGUUGGAAAAUGACUUCAUACAAUCUCUGAAAGCUGAGGUUAAUGAUGUGUGUGAAAUGGAAGCUAUUAGACCUUUGCCUUGGUAUCCAGGGAAACUCGCCUGGCACAUGAAUUUCUCGAGGAUGCAACUUAGGAAAAACCAAACACUUGAGAGGUUCCAUGAGUUUCUAAAGCAGGAGAAUGAGGUUGGAAACAUAACAAGGCAGGAAGCUGUUAGCAUGGUACCUCCAUUAUUUUUGGAUGUGCAUCCAGAUCACCAUGUCCUUGACAUGUGUGCAGCUCCGGGAUCUAAAACUUUCCAGUUACUUGAAAUGAUACACCAAUCAAUCAAACCUGGACUACUUCCAAAUGGACUGGUGAUAGCUAAUGAUGUUGAUGUUCAAAGAUGCAAUCUUCUUAUCCAUCAAACAAAAAGGAUGUGCACUGCCAACUUGGUAGUAACAAAUCAUGAAGCACAACAUUUCCCUACUUGUUCUUUCAUGAAGGACCAUGAGGAGAUUUUUAAAGGAGAGGAAGAGCUUAGUAAAAGUAAUUUGCAGUUCGAUCGUGUUUUGUGUGAUGUUCCUUGCAGUGGCGAUGGCACGCUUCGGAAGGCUCCUGAUAUCUGGAGGAAAUGGAAUGCAGGAAUGGGUUCUGGGCUUCAUCGUCUUCAAGUUGAGAUUGCAAUGCGUGGCAUAGCUUUACUUAAAGUGGGUGGAAAAAUGGUUUAUUCUACCUGCUCAAUGAAUCCAGUUGAAAAUGAGGCUGUUGUAGCAGAGGUUCUUCGGAGGAGUAGAGGAUCAGUUAAGCUUCUUAAUGUCUCCAAUGAGCUAGCUGAGUUGGUCCGCCGUCCUGGUCUUAAAACAUGGAAGAUAAAAGAUAAAGGUCUUUGGCUAGCUUCUUAUAAAGAUGUACCCAAGUACAGGAGGAAUGUGGUUUUACCAAGUAUGUUUCCUUCUGGACAAAGUUAUGGAGAGACUGUUAUAUCUGGUGAUCUUCAAAAGAAGACAGAGAUUGUUGGAAGUAACCCUGGGGAAGAGAAAGGUGAGAGAAUGAGUCAUCCAGAAAAUGUAGGUACACAGUGCCAAACCAUGUGUGAAAAUUUGGAAAAAAUUGCAGCACCAACUGACACUUACCAAGCUGAAAGUAAACCAGAGGAAGUUUCCAGCAAAAUCGUCUCCAGUGAAAAACUUGAUGGUGAUUCUGAGGAAAUUUCUGGAUUUCCACUUGAAAACUGCAUGAGAAUACUGCCUCAUGAUCAAAAUACUGGAGCCUUUUUCAUUGCUGUUUUCCAGAAGCUUUCUCCAUUGCAGGUGUUUCCGAUUAACCUUGUAAGACAAUCAACUGAAAGUAGACACCAUCCCUCAGCUAAGAUCAGUGAGAAUCUCGAUGAUGAACCUAAACAAGAAAUAAAUUUAUCUAAUGUUCAAGAUGAGCACAACAAUGCUGCUGCUUUAGCAGGUUCUACUGUUGAUAUAGCAGUCAAGCAAUCUACGGAUAUAUCAGUAAAUGAUGCUGCAUGUACCAAAGAUGAAGGUUUCGUUGAAGCAGGAGUGUCAAACAAUAAGGAGAUUGCCCCAGCUGAAAUAAAGGAGGUAAAGGGAAAGUUACAAACUCAAGGCAAAUGGAGAGGAAUUGAUCCUGUUGUAUUCUUCAAAAAUCAAACAAUUAUUAAUAGUAUAAGAUCAUUCUAUGGCAUCUCAGAAUCAUUUCCACUUGAAGGUCAUCUUGUGACUCGGAAUAGUGAUUCUAAUCAUGUGAAGAGGAUAUACUAUAUAUCAAAGUCAGUUCACAAUAUUCUACAGCUAAAUAUCCAAAUUGGAGAGAGACUAAAGAUAACAUCUGUUGGUCUUAAGAUUUUUGAGCGACAAAAGUUAAAUGAUGCAUCAUCACCUUGUUCUUUCCGGUUGUCAUCAGAAGGAUUGCCGUUGCUGCUCCCAUAUAUCAGCAAACAGAUCUUAUGUGCAUCUUUAGCUGACUUCCAGCACCUUCUACAGUACCGGACCAUAAAAUUUGCAGAUUUUGUAGAUGCUGGUUUUGGUGACAAGGUAUCAAGUUUGAUAUCAGGGUGCUGUGUCAUAAUUCUGAAAGAAGGCGAUCAAACUACCGAUGACAUUGUGGUAGAUGCCUCGACGAUUGCUACAAUUUGCUGGAAAGGCAAGACAAACCUGAGCAUCUUGCUCUCCCCGGCCGAUGGUCAAGAACUUCUUGAAAGACUCGCAGUGCGUUUUGGAAGCUGGCCAAGCACUUUGUCCGAACAACAUGAGGUUGCCGAUAUCGAAAUUGAUGAAGUGGAGAACUUGAGCACUGGAAGUAUGAAGGAUUAUGAUGCAGUUGAUGAAGACAUUGCUUCCUAAUAGGAUAAUGGAGAUGCCUGGAGCGUUGAAGCAGCAGAUUACUGUGGAUUAAGCAAAACUGACUCCUGUUCCACUAAUGGCUGAGUUUUGCAUGUUUUAGGCACAACAAGGCUAUUGCAAUUAACCACACAGUUUCAAGAGUCCUUGAGACUUUUGCCACUUGCACUCAAUGCGCUUUAUGAUAUGUAUUCCAUUAUGUUGUUAAACUUAAAAGAUAUAAAUUUGCUAUUGCAACAUCCAUCAAUUAGUUCUUGAAUCUGAAUUUUUUGUGACA